CACCAGAGAACUCACACAGGAGAGAAACCCUUCAAGUGCAGUGUGUGUGGGAAGGAGUUUGCACAGUCAUCUGCUCUUAAAAAACACCAGAGAACACACACGGGAGAGAAACCCUUCAAGUGCAGUGUGUGUGGGAAGGCGUUUGCACUUUCAUCUAAUCUUGUAGCACACCAGAGAACACACACGGGAGAGAAACCCUUCAAGUGCAAUGUGUGUGGGAAGGCGUUUGCACGUUCAUCUACUCUUGUAAAACACCAGAGAACACACACGGGAGAGAAACCCUUCAGAUGCAGUGUGUGUGGGAAGGCGUUUGCACAUUCAUCUAUUCUUGUAGAACACCAGAGAACACACACGGGAGAGAAACCCUUCAAGUGCAGUGUGUGUGGGAAGGCGUUUGCACAGUCAUCUGCUCUUGUAACACACCAGAGAACACACACGGGAGAGAAACCCUUCAAGUGCAGUGUGUGUGGGAAGGCAUUUCCACAAUCAUCUGCUCUUAAAAAACACCAGAGAACACACACAGCAGAAAACCCCUUCAAGUGCACUCUGAGCUGGAAGGUGUUUUCAGAUUCAUAUAAUCUUGUAACACACCAGAGAACACACACGGGAGAGAACCCCUUCAAGUGCAGUGUGUGUGGGAAGGCGUUUGCACUUUCAUCUACUCUUGUAGCACACCAGAGAACACACACGACAGAGAACCCCUUCAGGUGCACUCCGUGCGGGAAGGAGUUUGCACUUUCACCAAAUCUUCAAAUACACCAGCGAACACACAAGCAUCAGAAGAUCCACAAGGAAACUCACACAGGAGAGAAACCCUUCAAGUGCAGUGUGUGUGGGAAGGCGUUUGCACAGUCAUCUACUCUUGUAAAACACCAGACAACACACACGGGAGAGAAACCCUUCAAGUGCAGUUUGUGUGGGAAGGCGUUUGCACUUUCAUCUACUCUUGUAAAACACCAGACAACACACACGGGAGAGAAACCCUUCAAGUGCAGUGUGUGUGGGAAGGAGUUUGCACAGUCAUCUGCUCUUAAAAAACACCAGAGAACACACACAGGAGAGAAACCCUUCAAGUGCAGUGUGUGUGGGAAGGCAUUUGCACUUUCAUCUACUCUUGUAAAACACCAGACAACACACACGGGAGAGAAACCCUUCAAGUGCAGUGUGUGUGGGAAGGCGUUUGCACAGUCAUCUACUCUUGUAACACACCAGAGAACACACACGGGAGAGAAACCCUUCAGGUGCAGUGUGUGUGGGAAGGCGUUUGCACGUUCAUCUACUCUUGUAGCGCACCAGAGAAGACACACUGGAGAGAAACCCUUCAAGUGCAGUGUGUGUGGGAAGGCAUUUUCAUAUUCAUCUGCUCUUGUGGCACACCAGAAAACACACACAGGAGAGAAACCUUUCAAGUGCAGUGUGUGUGGAAAGGCGUUUGCACAGUCAUCUGCUCUUGAAAGACACCAGAGAACACACACGGGAGAGAAACCCUUCAAGUGCAGUGUGUGUGGGAAGGCGUUUGCACAUUCAUCUGCUCUUGUAGCACACCAGAGAACACACACAGGAGAGAAACCCUUCAGGUGUACUCUGUGCGGGAUGGCCACGGAUCGUACUGCAAAUAUGAUCUUGCACCGGAGAACUCACACGGGAGAGAAACCCUUCAGUUGCAGUGUGUGUGGGAAGGCGUUUUCACAGUCAUCUGCUCUUGUAACACACCAGAGAACACACACGGGAGAGAAACUCUUCAAGUGCAGUGUGUGUGGGAAGGCGUUUGCACGGUCAUAUACUCUUGUAGCACACCAGAGAACACACACGGGAGAGAAACCCUUCAAGUGCAGUGUGUGUGGGAAGGCGUUUGCACAGUUAUCUUCUCUUAUAGUACACCAGAGAACACACACGGGAGAGAAACCCUUCAAGUGCACUGUGUGUAUGAAGGCAUUUGCACAGUCAUCUGCUCUUAUAACACACCAGAGAACACACACGGGAGAGAAACCCUUCAGGUGCACUGUGUGCGGGAAGGCGUUUUCAGAUUCAUGUCAUCUUGUAACACACCAGAGAACACACACAGGAGAUAAGCCCUUCAAGUGCAGUGUGUGUGCGAAGGCGUUUGCACUUUCAUCUACACUUGUAAUACACCAAAGAACACACACGGGAGAGAAACCCUGCAGGUGCAAUGUGUGUGGGAAGGCAUUUUCACAUCCAUAUACUCUUAUAAAACACCAGAGAACACACACAGCAGAUAACCCCUUCAAGUGCACUCUGUGCGGGAAGGUGUUUUCAGAUUCAUCUACUCUUGUAACACACCAGAGAACACACACGGGAGAGAAACCCUUUAAGUGCAGUUUGUGUGGGAAAGCGUUUGCACAUUCAUCUGCUCACGUAACACACCAGAGAACACACACGGGAGAGAAACCCUUUAAGUGCAGUGUGUGUGGGAAAGCGUUUGCAUAUUCAUCUGCUCGUGUAACACACCAGAGAACACACACGGGAGAGAAACCCUUUAAGUGCAGUGUGUGUGGCAAGGCGUUUGCACAGUUAUCUACUCUUGUAGUACACCAGAGAACACACACGGGAGAGAACCCCUUCAAGUGCACUCCGUGCGGGAUAGCCACAGAUCGUACUGAACAUUUUACACAGCACCAUAGAACUCACACAGGAGAGAAACCCUUCAAGUGCAGUGUUUGUGGGAAGGCGUUUGCACAGUCAUCUGCUCUGAAAAAACACCAGAGAACACACACAGGAGAGAAACCCUUCAAGUGCAGUGUGUGUGGGAAGGCGUUUGCAUGUUCAUCUGCUCUUGUAGAACACCAGAGAACACACACAGGAGAGAAACCCUUCAAGUGCAGUGUGUGUGGGAAGGCGUUUGCACAGUCAUCUCCUCUUGUGGCACACCAGAGAACACACACGGGAGAGAAACCCUUCAAGUGCAAUGUGUGUGGGAAAACGUUUGCACAAUCAUCUACUCUCGUAAAACACCAGAAAACACACACGGGAGAGAAACCCUUCAAGUGCAGUGUGUGUGGAAAGGCGUUUGCACGUUCAUAUACUCUUGUAGAACACCAGAGAACACACACGGGAGAGAAACCCUUCAAGUGCAGUGUAUGUGGAAAGGCGUUUUUACUUUCAUCUCCUCUUGUAGCACACCAGAGAACACACACAGGAGAGAAACCCUUCAAGUGCAGUGAGUGUGGGAAGGCGUUUUCACAGUCGUCUACUCUUUUAGCACACCAGAGAACACACACGGGAGAGAAACCCUUCAGGUGCAGUAUGUGUGGAAAAGCGUUUGCGCUGUCAUAUACUCUUGUAGAACACCAGAGAACACACACGGGAGAGAAACCCUUCAAGUGCAGUGUGUGUGGGAAGGCGUUUGCACGUUCAUCUACUCUUGUAAUACACCAGAGAACACAUACGGGAGAUAAACCCUUCAGAUGCAGUGUGUGUGGGAAGGCGUUUAAACAUUCAUCUGCUCUUGUAGUACACCAGAGAACACACACGGGAGAGAAACCCUUCAGGUGCACUCUGUGCGGGAAGGCUUUUGCACAGUCACCACAUCUUCAAAUACACCAGAGAACACACACGGGAGAGAAACCCUUCAAGUGCAGUGUGUGUGGGAAGGCGUUUGCACAGUCAUCUACUCUUGUAGCACACCAGAGAACACACACAGGAGAGAAACCCUUCAAGUGCACUCUGUGCAGGAAGGCGUUUUCAAAUUCAUCUACUCUUGUAACACACCAGAGAACACACACGGGAGAGAAACCCUUCAAGUGCACUCUGUGCGGGAAGUAUGCUCAUCUCUGGGACGCCAUCGAUGCCAAAGGAGUUGCAAACGGUCACAAUGUGGGCUGA